CACACUGUGACAUUCACUCUGUCACAUAGGUUUCAGCUAUUGAGUGAAUGGCAUUCCACGUAGAGUCACACACACACACAGGAUAAAGUCACACACACCAUCACUCUACAUCAUCUUUCAUAAUCCCUGCCAAUUCCAGUUCCAGGAUGUUACCUUUGGCAAUGAGACUGUUAGUGCUGCUGCUGCCCCUGACUCAGGCCGCUCCCAAGGAUGGAAUCGUGAGGCUGGAUCCUGACCUGCAGCAGCAGCCCCUGCGCAACCCCUUCCAGCCAGGCCAGGAGCAGCUUCGGCUCCUGCAGAACUACCUGCAGGGACUGGAGAAGAUGGAAGAGGAGCCGGAACACAUGAGCCGGGAGCAGGUUCUCCUCUACCUCUUUGCCCUCCACGACUAUGACCAGAGUGGGCAGCUGGAUGGCCUGGAGCUGCUGUCCAUGUUGACCGCAGCUCUGGCCCCUGAAGCUGCUGAUUUUCCUCUUGGCAACCCGGUGAUCCUGGUGGUGGACAAGGUGCUCGAGGCCCAGGACCUGAAUGGGGAUGGGCUCAUGAGCCCUGCAGAGCUCAUCAACUUCCCAGGAGAGGCCCCAAGCCACAUGGAGCUCAAAGAGCCUCUGGGGCCACAAGAUGCUGGGAGGCAGUCCCCGUUAGCUGAAAGCCCAUCGAGACAAGAAAAGCAGGAAGCCCUGGGUCCUAGAGGAGAAGAUGGGGGACAGGGAGAGGCCAGAAGGGAGCCUUUGGAGCCUAUACAAGAGGCUGGGGGACAGGCAGAGGCUGAAAGAGCAGCCCCAUCCCCUGGAGCGGAGGCUGUGGGCCAGGCCGAGGCCAGGGAGACUGGGAGGGAAGCAGAGGGACUUCCGGGGGAAACACCGGAGUCGAAGAACACCCCAAAUGAGGUUGAAAUUCAUGCUGUUCAACUCGAGAAUGAUGAGAUGUAAACCUUGAGGACACA